AUGCCGCCAAAUUUGAAGAAUUGUCUAGGUUCUUCCCUCACUAUAAUGGAGAGGGGGCUGAGAUGUCUAAGUGUAUCAAGUUUUAGAAUGGAUUGCACCCAAAGAUUAAGCAAUUUAUUGGGUAUCAAGAAUCGUCAGUUCUCCGUGCUGGUUAAUGAGUGUCGUAUCUAUGAUGAAGACAAUCAUACUAGAUCCUCCCAUUACAAGAGUGUCAAUGAUAAGAGAAAUGGGAACCUGAAUCGUGGAAAACCUUAUGGUGCUCCAUCUGUUAAGGGGAAGCAGAAGGAUAUAGAUAAGAAAAGGCCAACUGGGGAAGGGACUCCCGCUUAUAUCAAAUGCUACAAUUAUGGCGAGUUGGGCCACCGUGCUAAUGAGUGUAUGAAUAGGUUUUUGAGGUGUUUCAAUUUUGGGAAGACCGAUCAUCAUGUUCCUGGGUACAAGAAUGAUGGUCUGACUUGUUACAACUUUGGUGAACAGGUUCAUAUCAGUAUGCAAUGUCAUAAGCCAGAGAAGACGACAACUACUAUUUCCCAGACUAAUGGUAGAGUAUUUGCUUUGAGUGGUUUAGAGGUUCCCAAGACAGAUAACUUGAUCAGAGGUACAUGUUUUAUUAACAAUGUUAAGUUAAUCGCUAUUAUUGAUAUUGGUUCUACUCAUUCAUUUAUUUCGCUUAAGUGUGCUAAGAGGUUGGAAUUAGAAUUAUCUUCUAUGGUUGGGCGUAUGGUUAUCAAUACCCCGACUAAUGGUUCGGUGACUACUUCGAUGGCAUGUUUGAGUUGUCUGUUGAACAUUUAUGAGAUUGGUGAUAAUGGAGAGCUGAUGUUUCUAUCUGCUAAACAAGUUGAAGAACUCUUAGAAGAUGAGGUGUUACAAUGUGAUAUUUGUAACUUGUCGUUGGAGCACAAAGUUGAGUUCUCCAUAGACUUGGUACUCGGUACUAAUCCGGUGUCGAUGGCUCCAUAUAGGAUGUCGACUUCAGAGUUGGGUGAAUUGAAGAAACAUUUGGAAGAGUUGCUUUAG